AUGGAUAAUUGUUAUUAGUAGAUUGAAAUAUUUAUUUCUGGAAGAUAAUUAAAAGACUUGGAUUAUUUUAGCAAGUCUGAUCCAUUUGUAAUAGUCUUUAUAAAAAAUAAUAACUAAUGGAUAAAAAUUGGUAGAACAGAAACUAUAGAUAAUAAUUUAAAUCCUAACUUUAAGAAAUCCUUUUAACUUGAUUAUGUAUUUGAAGUAGUUUAACCAAUAAAAUUUGAAGUAAGAGAUGAUGAUGGUGAUACAUCAGAAUUAAUUGGUUAAAUAGAAACAACAAUAGGUGCAUUAUUUGGAGCAAAAAAUUAAACAUCAAUUUUAGAACUUGGAAAAUAAAGAGGGAAACUUAUUAUUAGAUGUGAUAAGAUAUAGGAAGGCAAUGAAUUUAUGAUAAUGAAAUGGACUGGAGUGAAACUUAUGAAUACAGAUGGUUGGUUUGAUAAAUCUGAUCCAUUUUUAAAAUUUUAUAGACAAAGAGAUGAUUUAACUUACAUUUAAACACAUGAAACUGAAGUUAUUAUGGAUAAUUUAAAUCCAUUAUGGAAAUUAUUUGAAAUAUAAAGUGUUAAAUUAGCAUAAUCAAAUGAUAAAAAGAUAAAGAUAGAAUGUUGGGAUUGGGAGAAGAGUGGUAAAAAUUAAUUUAUAGGAGAAUUAAUAAUUACAAUAUAAGAUUUAUAAUAAAACAAAGAAUAUUAAUUAACAAACCCUAAACAUAAAAAUCCAGGAAGAUUAAGAUUAGAUUAAUUUAGUACAUAUAUUAGACCAAGUUUUCAAGAUUAUGUAUAAUAAUAAAUAUAAUAAUUAAUUAGAUUAGAGGUGGAUUAUAAUUAAAUUUAAUGGCUGCAAUAGAUUUUACUGGUUCUAAUGGAGCACCUCAUUAACCAGGAAGUUUGCAUUUUCGAUCACCACAUUAACUAAAUUAAUAUUAAAUUGCUAUUAAUGCAGUUGGUGAAAUAUUACUUGCAUAUGAUUAUGACAAAAUGGUUCCAUGUUAUGGAUUUGGUGCUAAUCUAAAUUAUCCAACUAUGAGAUCUGGCUAAGUUUCACAUUGUUUUCCAUUAUCUGGAGAUCCUAAUUAAAUUAAUGCUUAUGAAUUAUAAGGAAUUGCUAAUCUUUAUAAUUAUGCUCUUGCUAAUGUUACAUUCUCUGGUCCCACAUAUUUUGGACCUAUCAUUUAAGAAGCACUUAGACAAAUUUAUUAAUAAUAAUAAACUGAACAAAAUGUAAUCUUUAAUAUAAUAUUAUAGGCAUAUACUAUAUUAUUGAUAUUAACUGAUGGAAUCAUUCAUGAUAUGGAAUAAACUAAAUAAUUGAUUGUUAAUAGUUCUAGAGUUCCUUUAUCAAUUAUUAUUGUUGGUGUUGGUAAUGAAAACUUUUAAAUGAUGGAAGAAUUAGAUGGAGAUUAAGGUAUUUUAAUCCUUAAUUAUAUAGGUCUUUAUUCUGGAAAUAGAAAAGCAGAAAGAGAUUUAGUAUAAUUUGUUCCAUUCCGUAAUUUUAGUGGAAAUCACAUUAAUUUAGCUAGGCAUGUUUUAGCUGAAAUCCCAGAAUAAAUUGUUAAAUAUCAUUAACUUAUAGGUAAAAAACCUAAUCCACCUUAAUUUAUUGAUAUUAAUUAAUUAGGCAUGACUCAACCUAAUUUACAAAAUCUACAACCUGAAUCAUAACCACCUUAAAUACCUAAUAAUGUUUAUCCUUAAAUUUAAUAACCUAAUGUACAACCACCAUUUUAAUAACCUAUGUAAUCUCAAAUCCCAUAUUAACAACAAAUUCCUCCUUAUGUAUAAUAAUAAUCAUUAGCAUAAUAACCUCCUUCAUAAUAUUAACCAUAUCCUUAUCCAUAAAAUAAUAAUUACUAAUAACCUGUUUAAUAAUCCUAAUAAUAAACCAGAGCAUCUGAAUAAAUCAAUCCAUCCAAUUUCAUGUAUUAAUAAUAUGGAUAAUUACCUUAAAAUAAUAGAUAGAGUUGCAAUCUAUAAUAAGUUCCAUAUUCAUAAUUACCCCCAAAUUAAUAAAAUAAUUCCUAAAUACCAAAUCAUUAAUAUCCUCCCAUCAGCCAAUCUCAACAAAAAUUUGGUUAGAUUAAAAACCCUAUGGAAUGA